AUGGCUACUGCUUCAGGUGAAGGACAAAAGAUCCAAUUCCCACAUUUUGAUGUAGUUUCAGAUGAAUCAGACCACUACUACCUCAAAUCAAACCAAUCCAAAAAGGAUAAAAAUAGUUUCAAAGAUGCAAACACUUCUACCUGCAGAAACAUUAUGAAAGAAUGGAAAAUCCUUGAGAAAAAUCUUCCUGAAUCCAUUUGUGUUCGCGCUUAUGAGUUACGAAUGGAUCUGCUUCGUGCAGUGAUUAUCGGUGCUCCUGGUACUCCUUACCACGACGGACUCUUCUUCUUUGAUAUCGUGUUUCCUUCAGAUUACCCGAGGCAUCCUCCCAAAGUUUACUAUCUGUCUCGCGGCUAUCAUAUGAAUCCUAAUCUUUAUACUAAUGGUACAGUUUGUUUGAGUCUUAUUAAUACUUGGAAUGGUAGCAAUCAGGAAAUGUGGACACCUAAAAAUUCUACAAUCCUUCAGCUUCUCGUUUCGAUUCAGGGGCUAGUACUCAAUUCUAGACCUUACUUCAACGAGCCUGGACACGAAAAAUAUAGCACGUCUGAGACUGAGAGGUGGAAGAACACGUCGUUAGCUUACAAUGAUAAAGUGUUCAUUUUAUCUUGCAAGACAAUGUUAUGUCAUAUUCGUACGCCUCCAAACAAUUUUGAAGCCUUUGUCUAUGAGCAUAUUCAUAUUGGCAGCUGUUAAUGCUUAUGGUGAUGGUAAGGCGAUUGUUGGUUAUUAUCACCGGACAUCGUCUCGAGUUAGUGUGUCUGCUGAGUAAAGAAAAUGUAUGUUGAGUUACAAAAAGCAUUCAACAAGUUUAGCAUUUCAAGUCCAAAUCAGGUGGAGAUGAAACCAAAGGAACCAGCUAAGAAGAAGAAAAGGAAAAAUAAAGAAAACUCAAGUGGUGUUAAGCCAAAAGUAGCAGAGGAAAAGUCUAAAGGUGGAAUUAUACAGAAGAUAGUAGGUUUUAUUAGCACAUUUUUUAA